CUUUCUCAGCCUUAACAGGGGCUGAGGAAAAACGGUGGAUAGCCAGCGCUCGAGGAUAAUCGAAUCCCAGCUAAUAAAGAAAAAUAAACAGAAACUCUCUCCUUUUUUGGUGGGCGGAAGCUUCCAGGAGACAACGGGAAAAUUAUCCGUCGAUAGAUGGCUGAGACGCCGGUGAAACGCCGUUUCCCUUCAGCAGGUAUAUGCAGAAUGGACUCCAUAUAUUUAUGUUUCGAUUGUUGGACUCUGUGUUUUUGUGACGGAGAGGUAUUGCAUUUGUUGAGCAUUGGAGAAUCGGUUCUGUAGAUUGUAUAAUUGAUGGGGUCGAGUAGUUCAAAAGCGACGAGUCGAUCACGUUCAUCUUCAUCCUAUGGUUCAAGAUCUUCUUCGCUGGCUCCUGCAUAUGCUCAACCAUACGAGUAUCCAAACUACCAGCCUCCACAACAACAUUACCCUCCUCCGUCUCCAAGCUACGCCCACACGAGCGUGGCAUCCCAUCCGAACUAUGCUGCUCCGCCGCCGUCUCAAAGUUACGCCAACACAAGCACGGGAUCACGUGACAAAUCUCACGGGAGGUAUUUGAGGAUAGCUGAUAACUACAAUUCCUUGGAACAGGUGACUGAGGCUCUUGCACAUGCUGGCCUUGAGUCUUCCAAUCUCAUUGUUGGUAUUGACUUCACAAAGAGCAACGAGUGGACAGGUAAUAGAUCAUUCAACCGCCGGUGCCUGCAUCACAUUGGAGACACUCAAAAUCCCUACGAACAAGCAAUUUCUAUUAUUGGAAGAACCUUGUCUGCUUUUGAUGAGGAUAACUUGAUCCCCUGUUUUGGAUUUGGAGAUGCAUCGACUCAUGAUCAAGAUGUCUUCAGUUUCUACCCAGAUGAUAGACUUUGUAAUGGAUUUGAGGAAGCACUGAUGCGGUACAGAGAAAUAGUUCCGCAUCUGCGCCUGGCUGGACCGACAUCAUUUGCCCCGAUCAUUGAAAUGGCUAUGACCAUUGUGGAGCAGAGUGGUGGGCAGUACCAUGUUUUGUUGAUAAUUGCUGAUGGGCAGGUCACAAGAAGUGUAGAUACUGAGCAUGGUCGUUUAAGUCCGCAGGAGCAAAAAACAGUUGAUGCUAUUGUAAGAGCAAGUGAGUAUCCACUGUCAAUUAUUUUAGUUGGAGUUGGGGAUGGACCCUGGGACAUGAUGAGGGAAUUCGACGAUAACAUUCCUUCUCGGGCAUUUGAUAACUUCCAGUUCGUGAAUUUCACAGAGAUAAUGUCGAAGAAUAUGCCAAUAUCCCGGAAAGAGACUGAGUUUGCACUCGCUGCACUGAUGGAGAUACCUUCACAGUAUAAAGCAACAAUAGAGCUUAACAUCUUGGGUCGUAAGAAGGGGAAGGCUUCAGAUUGGGUCCCUCUCCCCCCACCACCUCUUGGAAGUCAUGGUGCAUAUUCUUUCAACUCGAAGCCUUCCCGUCCCAGCAGUUGCCAGCCAAGUUCGCCUCCUUACCCUGAACACAGUUCAUCCAUGCGGACAUCUCCUUACCCUGAACACACUUCAUCCAUGCGGACAUCUCCUUACCCUGAACACAAGUCAUCGACAUCUCCUUACCAUGAACACACUCCUGCAAGCUCAGCUCCACCUGCAAGUGCUUCGUGGGACAACCAGGUUUGCCCUAUUUGCCUUACUAACCCCAAAGACAUGGCCUUUGGUUGCGGCCAUCAGAAACUUUCUCUUCAGACAUAUAUCUCACUGCUAUUAGGAAUAGAACUCUGCCACUCACAUCAGACUCUUACUCCAAUGCAUCUACGCUCGCUUUGGAUCUGAAAUCUUUUAUCCAUUUCCAUAUCCAAGCUGAGGGGGUU